AUGGAGGGAGAAGAGGAGGAGCCAGCCCAGGAGGCUGCCACAGAGCCAGUUGCAACAUCGGGGGCUGCAGGGUCGGCACCCAGAGUGCUAUCUGGAGAACCCCAGAAUCUGACUGACGUGGACGCCUUCAAUCUGCUGCUGGAGGUGAAGCUGAAGCGUCGGCGUGAACGGCCUGACCUGCCGCGCACCGUGACAGAGCUGGUGGCCGAAGACGGGAGCCGCGUAUACGUGGUGGGCACAGCCCACUUCAGUGAUGACAGCAAGAGGGACGUCGUCAAGACCAUCCGGGCGGUGCAGCCUGAUGUCGUGGUGGUGGAGCUGUGCCAGUACCGCGUGUCCAUGCUCAAGAUGGACGAACGGACGCUGCUGCGUGAGGCCAAGGAGAUCAGCCUGGGGAAGCUGCAGCAGGCUGUGCGGCAGAACGGAGUCAUGUCUGGCCUUAUGCAGAUGUUGCUGCUGAAGGUGUCGGCCCACAUCACCGAGCAGCUGGGCAUGGCGCCGGGUGGCGAGUUCAGGGAGGCCUUCAAGGAGGCCAGCAAGGUGCCUUUCUGCAAGUUCCAUCUGGGCGACCGGCCCAUUCCCGUCACGUUCAAGAGGGCCAUUGCCGCACUCUCCUUCUGGCAGAAGGUCAAGUUAGCCUGGGGCCUCUGCUUCCUGUCGGACCCCAUCAGCAAAGAUGACGUGGAGAAGUGCAAGCAGAAGGACCUGCUGGAGCAGAUGAUGGCCGAGAUGAUCGGGGAGUUCCCAGACCUGCACCGCACCAUCGUCUCCGAGCGCGACGUCUACCUGACCCACGUGCUGCGCCAGGCCGCCCGGCGCCUCGAGCUGCCCCGUGCCUCGGAGGCCGAGCCCAGGAAGUGCGUCCCGUCCGUGGUUGUGGGUGUCGUGGGCAUGGGCCACGUGCCCGGCAUCGAGAAGAACUGGAGCACUGAGCUCAACAUCCAGGAGAUCAUGACCGUGCCCCCACCGUCCAUCUCUGGCCGAGUGUCCCGGAUGGCUGUGAAGGCUGCCUUCUUCGGCCUGGUGGGUUACAGCCUUUACUGGCUGGGCCGGCGCACAGUGAACCUUGUGUCAGCACUGCCUGUGGCACAGGACUGUCUCCAGAGAGUGUCCACCGUCCUGCCAAAGAAGUAG